AUGGCACAAAAAAGUCGUAGAGAGCUGAUUGAGUGGAUAAAAUCAUUGGGAAUUGAGAUCUCUGCAAUUGAGGAGCUUGGGAAGGGAGUGGUGAUAUGCAAGAUUCUGUCUCUAAUCCAUAGCGAUUUCCCGGCCAACUUCGUCAGGGAUCCAGCCGGAGAGCACGAAUACUUGAGGAACAUGAAGGCAUGCCAAGGAUUCUUUGCAUCGAAAAACAUAAAGCUCUAUUUUCCUGUCGACAAGCUGAUUAAAUGCAAAAUGCAAGAUAAUCUAGAGGUCGCCCAGUGGUUAGCAAGGUAUUACUCCAAGAACAUGGGUGGAAGGCAAUCUAGAGAAUGCCCCAAGGACGAAGCCCCAAGAGCCUUGGUUUCUUCCUCAAAUAGCCCGCAUUGCCCUGGAUGUAAGAGCUUUAGAGAGGAAAUGGAUGUGAAGGAUAAUAGAAUCAGAGAGCUAGAAAGCAUGGUUGCAGAAAUGGAGGGCAGGAUCAAGCAGCUGGAGGCCGAAAAGUCUAGCACAACAAAGAAAACACCUGUCUCUGGCUUGAAAGGGUUUGAUGAUGAAGAAGUCAAGUCCCUGCUGAUGGCCUUUGAGAAGGAGAGAGACUUUUACUUCAAGAAGCUGUUUACCGUUGAAAAGUACUUUCUAGAGGAGAAGGGGAUCGACGAAAGUCUCAAGAACGAUGUGCUUGGAAUUCUCUAUGAAGAAAGCAACGAGUGA